UACCAAUUUCAAUAUAUAUCGUGCUUAGCUUGUGCCAAUUACUUAACAGGUAAAACAGAGAAAAUGUCAAACUAUCACUCCCACAUUUCACGAGUUUCCAGGGAACCUGGUUUCACUGACGUCCCUCGGCAGUACCCCAAUGGUCAUCUGGUGAACGAGAGGAUUGUUUAUGAGGAGGAUGUGUAUAACGAGGGAUCACCCCGCUACGCCCACCACCACCACCACCACAACCCAGAGACUCGUGAGAGGGUUGAAGUGAUAGAGUAUGAGCGAGUGCCUGCGGGUCGUGUUGGUGUUGGUGAAGUAAUCUACGAAGAGAACGUUGUGGAUUAUGAAACUGAUCAAUACUACCCCGGAAGAAACAGGGGUACUACUGCUUUUGCAGUGCAGAGGGGGAUGGACAAUCGCCACUUCAGGCGGUAAAGCUUGGAAUCACUCUGGCUAUUUUGCUAGGCAGGCUACCUUAUAUAUCAUGAUCAUCGGUGUGGUGCUUGAAUUAAGUAAAUAAAUUCCUGCUUAGCCAGCUGCAAUGUUAUAAUUAAAUCAUGUAUCUUAUCAAUAAAGCAUAUCUAUAUGAUAUUGUAUUAUAAUUA